CCGGAGCACAGAGCCCAGCCGGGGAGCAGGAGGAGGCCAGAGGAAGCUGCAUCUUGGCCUAGGCUGCAGCUCUGCCUGACCGGACAGCAGUGCGGGGACACCCACCAGGCUGCAGGACCGGCGCUGGGGUACGCACCCCGCCCUGGGGUCCAUGUGCCCGCCCCAGGCCCAGGCAGAGGUGGGGCCCACCAUGACUGAGAAGGCAGAACUGGUGUGUGCCCCCAGCCCGGCGCCCGUCGUGUCCCCCAAGUCUACCUCGCCUGGGCCCCCGCGGGCGGAGGAGGCCAGCCGCCGAGGCUCCUCACCCCCCAGGCUGCCCCCUGGCGUGCCGGUGAUCAGCCUGGGUCACACCAGGCCCCCGGGGACAGCCAUGCCCCCCACGGAACUCAGCACCCUACCACUGCCACUGCUGCAGCUCUCUCCCUUGGGAACAGCCCCUCCCACCCUGGCCCUGCACUAUCACCCUCACCCCUUCCUCAACAGUGUCUACAUUGGGCCGGCAGGACCUUUUGCUAUUUUCCGGAACAGUCGGCUCAAGCGGAGACCGAGCCACUGUGAGCUGGACCUCGCUGACGGGCAGCAGCCCCAGAAGAUGGCCCGGCGCGUGUUCACCAACAGCCGCGAGCGCUGGCGGCAGCAGAACGUUAACGGCGCCUUCGCCGAGCUCAGGAAACUGCUGCCGACUCACCCGCCCGACCGGAAGCUGAGCAAAAACGAGGUGCUGCGCCUCGCCAUGAAAUACAUCGGCUUCCUGGUGCGGCUGCUGCGGGACCAGGCGACCUCGCUGGCCGCGGCUCCCGCCCCGCCCGGGCCCCGCAAACGGGCUGCGCAUCGAAGCGUAGACGACGGCGCCCGCCGGGGCUCUGGACGCAGAGCCGCUGAGGCGGCUGCGCGCUCGCAGCCCGCGCCCACGGCUGACCUAGACGGCAGCCCCGGGGCGGCGGCCCGGCCCAUCAAGAUGGAGCAAGUGGCUUUGAGCCCGGAGGUGCGGUGACCCCGCACGGCGGCGGCGGCGGCGCCUCUGAGCCGGCGGGCACCGGGGGACUCGGCCCACGGCCAUCGCUCAGGAAUAAACACCCUCAAAGAAAGAAGGGGGCCGGUGAGGACGUGCCGGACAGGGAGACCCUGGGGAGGGGGGUUUCUGGAAGGGGACCCUGCAGACUUUAAAAAAAAAAAAAAAGCAAAAACAAAACCACGCACUGCCCGCUGGAAGUGGCCUUGCCCGUGUCCCCUUCGCCAGGGUCCAGGAACCAACAUCGAGCGGUCAUCGGACCCAUUGCCCCCGAGCUGGGGAGUCCUCUGGGGGGAGAGGCAGGGCCGGGGAGCCGUCGCCCUUGUCGUUGGCGCCCCCUCGUGGAGUCCCCGAGGACAGA